GCAAUCACGGUAGGUUGAGCCCACUGAGGUCCAUAGAAAUUUGACAGCUUCACAGGUGAGACCACCGUCAAGAGGCUGUUUCACUUUGCCUUUCACUUUCCCUCCGGAUCACUAUUUACUGUGAGCCUGGGGUUGCCACACUCAAAAAACAACCAUUCAAAGUCUAAUCAUUCCGGAAGUAUGAGCAAAAAGAAAAAGGACUGGAAGAAUGAGAAAGAGAGGCUGCUCCGUCUAGAUCGAGAGGAAAGGCGCAAGGAGUACCGUCGCCAGGACUAUGUCUCCCUGGACAAGAUCCCAACCUGGAGGGACGAAAACAGCAUCAAUGACAAUGAGGAGGAGGACGCUCAGGUGACCAGUGGAGGAGGGCUGUCUAAUAAAGUAUCCCUCUACAAAGGAGACAUCACGCUGCUGGAGGUGGAUGCCAUAGUCAAUGCUGCAAACUCCAGUCUUCUGGGAGGAGGGGGAGUUGACGGCUGCAUACACAAAGCGGCGGGGUCCUGUCUGUUUGACGAGUGCCACUCACUAAACGGCUGUGAAACCGGCAAGGCCAAGAUCACCUGUGGAUACGACCUCCCGGCAAGAUAUGUGAUCCACACUGUAGGCCCGGUGGCCAGAGGUCAUGUGGGCCCCAGUGAGACCAGCGACCUCACCGCCUGCUACCAGAACUCCCUCAGGCUGCUGAAGGAGCACGGACUCAGCACUGUGGCCUUCCCCUGUAUAUCCACCGGCAUCUAUGGUUUUCCCAACGAGCCUGCAGCCGACAUUGCCCUGAACACAGUCAAGACCUGGAUCGAACAGAAUCCUGAUAAGAUCACACGAGUCAUAUUCUGCGUCUUCCUGGAGACAGACUUCAACAUCUACAAGAAGAAAAUGGCGGUUGUUUUUCAAGACAACGACAUGGAGGCUCCAGAGGAACAGCAGAAGGAUGACACCACACCACCGUCGCCCACAUCUACACCUAAGAAAGAGGCGGAGGAAGCCAACAGGGGUGCAGAUGAAGCCGGUGAUGAAGAGGAGGACACCAACGAUGCAGAGGCCAACGCGGACGUGGAUAUGAUGAGCCAAACCCAAGAUGAAGAAAUGGGCGCUGAUGAACCAAACCCAGAGGAAAACCAGGAACAAGAUGUGAAGCAAGGCAAAGGCAAAGAUGCAAGCGCUGGAAAUAACAAAGAUGAAGACACAGAUGCGGCUAAAAGCCAAGAGAAAGCCAAGGAAGAGGAGACUGAAGGAAAACCAGACCAGGAGGCAGAGGGUGAUGUGGAGAUGAAUACGCAGACGCUAACUGUAGAGAUGGAAGAUGUUUCCGACAUCAAUGAAUCCGGCACCAGCAACGUAGAUAUGAAGGAGGAAGUUAAGACUCAACCAGAUUUGAAUGCUACUGACAACUCGCAGUCCAAAGACACUGACCGUGAGAAGAAAGAUUGACCAGCUGAGGGGCAGACAAUCAACCUCAUCUGACAGCCAGCAAACUGUGCGGACCCCCAGAGCCCACGUACAGGGCAGCUCUGGCACCAACCAGGGCAAAAGAGCAAAACCAGUUACCCACCACGCUCACAUCCCACUUUUCUUUGCCUUUUCUCUUGAUUCAAACAUUAGACUCACCCCCAAAACAAUGUAUGUAUAUGUAUCUAUGUAUUAAUGUACAUACUGAACCUAUAGGACUUGAACAUAUCAACCAGACGAUGAGCCAUACCUCACUGUGUGUUAGCCAUUUACCAUUAACUGCUGUGUGUCUGAGAGAGAGAGAAUACUAGGUCUUUUUGAUUUCAGUCUGCAAUAACAUCUUCAAUUCAAUACAUAACAUCAGAUUUUGUUUUUACAAGUUUGACAGUAUAAAAAAUAAUACCUGUACACGCAGUGAAUUAUAUGAGGUCUGACUUCUCCAUAGCGCUGGAUAGAGGUGCACUAUGUCACUUUUCUGGCGGAGAGUACGCCACUUGCUUGUCUCUAUGGAGAUGUUAUUGCUUUGCCAGGAAUGUUUCACAGUACGGGAUUAAACUGACAUAUCUUAUAUCAGAUAUCAGCAUAUUUUCAAUGUGUUUUAUCUUGAAAGAGCUCACCUCUCCACAGAUCUGACCUGUAAAUUAGCUUGGUGGUGUCACUUGCUUGUCUCUAUACAGAAAGAAAAGUUUAACGCCAUGCUGUGGAACAUUCCAGGCAAGUUUCGGACCCCUCAACCAGAAAAGUUACAUAGUGCACCCUUAAAUAACCAAACUGAGUCAGAUUAGUUCUCUAAUCUAACAUUAAUUUAAGUCAUCCUGAAAUGUGCAAUACCAGAAGUUGUUUUAAAAAUGCUUACAGUGUUGAAUUGUUUUGUAAGAAUAUUGUUUUAACAAAGAUACUGGCCAUCAGCUUCACAAGAUGAGUCUCAAAAAAUACUAUUCUCUCUUAAAAAACUUGCAUCUUUAACACAUAAAUAUAUCAAACAUGACUUAUACAUUAUCAAUACAUAGACCAAAAGAAUGAAAACUGGCUAACCAACUAUAUCUGCAUUUGACUGAGGUUAUAAUUGGGUUUUCUCAACUUCUUUAACAGUGAUAUAACUCUGAUCCAAUUAAAAACAAACUACUUUUGUCCAUUCUCAAACCUAAACAGCACCCACCACCAUUGCAACUACUCUUCCUUCCUUCAUUUUGGGCCAGUGCAUGCCAGAAAAUUGCUUUUACUUCAACAUAUACAUGAAUUUCUUUGCUUUUUGCUUCUGUCUCCAACCAGAUUGUCUCUACAAAAGGAAUCUGCCUUAUUUCUUAUCAAGGGCGGUGGUCCAAGUAUGAAAUCUUAGAUACAUGCAGAUGAUUUGUAAUUGUAUUCAUAAUGGCUAAUACCUACUGUUAAUCAUUUCUUUUUCCUGAAUUUGAAACGUUUUCUUUUCAACGUUGGUAUGAUUCCUAUAUUAUUUUGAGUGGUGCCAUAGUAACGAUUGGAUAAAUGACAGUUCUAUGAAAAGAUGCCUUCAUAGUUUGAUGUUUGCUUUGCUAAACUAUAAGAGAAACGCCUAUUAAAGAUAUAAGCUAAAAUACAAAAAAAA